UCAUACGAUAUUAUAAGAAUCCGGGACUCGAUAAUAACCACGCGAAGUAUUUCGUUAUCGCGUCGAGGUGAUUAUACAGUAUUAUUGAAUGCCUUUCAUUUUUUUAUACGAUGAAUCAAGCAUCUCACAUUGUGAUUAUUGAUUUUCUCGGAUUAUUAAGCGAUUAAGUGGCCAAAAUAGAUUGAAACGUCGUUAUACUUGCACCUUCGUAAGAAAUGCAAUAUAAUCAAUACUGAAAGAAGAUCGUAUGCUCUCAUACGCUUGCUGAAAACUUUAUCGAAAGCUACACGGUUUUACAAAGAAAAUUUCGUGCUUUCAUAACGUAAUCGGAUACUCCACAUGUUCUUAUUAAUGAAUAUGCCAUUUGCUUAGUUUCUCUUAUCUGCGUCAUACUAUUUAUAAUGCAGCUAUGAGGACCCCUGCAGAGCUCUUAUCAGGUGACCUCGAUUUUGAAACGAGGCAGACUUAAAUCUUAUCACAAUUUACGAAAGUCAAAGACGCACGGAGGCGUAAUCGUUUUAUGGGAAAAUAACGGACAAACAACGUAACAAACAAUGGUGGGAUUAAUUGCGGUUUCUUGUCUCAUUUUAUAUUGUACAUAGUCUCUUACUUUUCACAACGUGAUGAAUUAGUCGUGAAAUCUCUAAAAUCGAUAAAUUUUGGAGCUUCUCACGCUCGGAGUUUUAAUAAUUUUUUAAAAAUAUUUUGGAAAGGUAAGACUAAUUUUACAGAAAUCGCUAACUACUCAAACAUUAUUAAUUAAGAGAUUGUGGAUCCUUUUUUUCUACAAUAUAUAUUUAUUCAUAGAGCAAUGUAUCAUCUAUGUAUUAAUUUGAUAUUGAUCUGGAAAUUGAUUUAGAAAUAUGUAGAUAUUUUUGUUCUACUUGAUUCUACUUGGCGUGAUGAUUGAAACCAUGUUGAACCCAAAAUUAUGUAACUUAUUGCAUACUUUAGAAUUUUAGUGGGACACUAUGUAAACCCGAAAUACUCACGCUCGCGAUAUUCAAGACGUUCUAAUUUCGAGCCGUCUAUUAAUUCCCAAAUUACAUUGCGUAAGUUGUGUGCGCGGACAAGAAUCUUUAUUCAUUAAUUAAAUGUGCUUCGCGAGUACAUCGGUCAUGCGCGAUGACGAUAUAUGUUUCAAUGUAUCUAAUUAGCUCUCAAGGUGGAACGUAUGCGGUGCAUACGUAAUUAUCACAAAAACAAUUUUAUGCAUGAUGAUAGUACGUAAUCACGAGCCAACUGAUUUUUGCAGACCAUCCUCGCUUUACAGCGACGAUUACAACAAUACAGGCAAAUAGAUAAAAUUGGAAUUUCGCUAUUGCGGUUCGUUCCACGUUACCCGAUAACGUAAUUGACACACACUGCACGCGCCAAACUCCUCGUCAUCGAGAAUCCACGAGUUGCGUGUUCCACGUUCAGUCGCGCAGAAAAUGAUCGCUCAAAUCGUUCGCAGCGAAAAAAAUCAGUACACGCGGCCAUCAGUGCACCAGACUUCAUCAGAUCGACUUCAUCGAUUGCCCAACACGAGCACCUCCUCGCUCCUCCGUGUCUACCAGUCUACCUACCAACGUGUCUACCACCUCCGAGCGGAUCCGUGCACCACCUCCGGUUGAACCGCGGCGGCCGGGCUGUGGCUUAUAUCUGAUCUUCCUGUAACGCAGUUUUGCGGUCAUUUAAGCAGGUCGGGGACCCUGCGUGCGACGACGACGUGCCGUGGAACCACUUCUCCUCGUUCCCGACCUGCACCAGUUGCACCUCGGUGGCGAGUCGAGCCGCAUUCGACGCGUCAGUGAGAUCCGGACGGUGCUCGAGGUAACCCGGCUGAUGGGAGAAUAAUCGUUCCUUCCGUUCAUCGUGCGUCACGGUCUCUCGAUUUCCGCAGCCGACCGCAGCAAUCCCUUCGACCCUGAGUCGACUUUGCUCGCCGUUGCUGCUCGUUUUUGCGAUUCUUCCUCGAUGCACGCGCGGUUGCAAACUCCUUGGGACUGAUCGGCAAACGUGCUCAAGACAGCCGUGUUUUUGUUCUCGCAUCGGCCUGCUCGACGACAAGAGUCGUGCACGAGUUGCUGUGGGAUUCAAUCGAGAAACGCUCCAGCAACGGCGAUUUUAUAAUUUUCACAUAUGUUAUUACUUAAGCAAAGUAUAGACGCAUAUGUUGAGCAAAGUAGCGUCGCUACGCUAAUCCUCAUUGUUGUUAUCUCUGUUUUUGAGUUCGGCUUUGUUUCGAAAAUGACCUUUUUCUUUCAUCCUCGAGAACGUUAUCUGAAUUUCAAACGUUGAUCCCCCGAAAAUCUAUUUAUCUUUGAUGUGCGCACAACGGUGCUUUCAAGUCACGGCUUCAGCUUCAGUUGCGUCUGAAAGGUGAUCACAAGCGGAUUGAAACGCUGCCGUGCGGACUGACCAGCGUUCAUCGAGGCAAUUGUCAUAGAGUUCGUCAAAGCAAUUGUCAUUUUCGCCUACACUCACGCGUUCGAGCUCCGGAAGGCACUCCUCAUUGCGAUUUAACAGCAGAGAGCGUUUUCCGCUUCCCUAGCUCGUUUACGGUAAAAACGCGUUCGAGACGUCAGUUUAGAGCCUACGACAUUUAACGACUGAUCGGAGACCAGAUAUAAAGAAUAUCGAGUGCAUUCGUAAUUUACGGAAACAUUCGCGUUCCUUGAUAAUAAACAGCGUGACUCACAAGCGAUUAAUAGCAGAAGCGUUCUUGUGCGUGACGCAUUCAAGUUACACAUGCAUAAGUGUGUCUCAUUGAGUAGUUAAAUAAAAUUAAUCAGCUUGGCAUCGAUGUACGUGUGCCAAGAAGAAGCGGCUAUGGUCACGGUUUCUCAUGAUCUAUGAUUACAGUAAUUAUUGGUAAUUGUAGUAAUUACGGCGCGAUAUACGCGAUCGGCAAGAAAUCUGCGCGAAAAUACCGGCUUCUGAUGACGGAAACACGAUUUUUCCAUCGCAGCGAAGUAGACGUCGCUCGGUGCUCGAAGAGAGUGUUCUCGGAGGGACAAUGAUCCGAAUAUGUUCACGUGAACGGCAGAGAGGAUGAUGCAGAAGAGGAACGGCGAACCCGAUGAGGGUUCUGGGUAUCUAAAGCGUGCAAAUACUGAACGCCUCCAUGAAAUUUUUAAUCAGUACGCCACGCAAGAGAAAAAUGGCGAGAGGUUCAUGACCGCAUCUGACUUCGUACGGAGUUACCUUGGCCUUUACACAGAUGCCGACUACAAUCCCGAUUCUGUCAAUUUACUUGCCGGUAUCGUUGAUACUAGCAAAGAUGGACUCAUAUCGUUCGCCGAAUUUCAAGCGUUCGAAGGCCUGCUCUGUGUGCCAGACGCUCUGUACAGGACAGCUUUCCAGCUGUUUGACACUAAUGGAAAUGGAAUGGUUGCAUUUGACGAGUUCGUUGAGGUGAUGCAGAAGACCGAACUACAUCAGAAGAUGCCUUUUAAUAUGGAAAGUAGCUUUAUCAAGCUUUACUUCGGAAAGGACAAGAAGAGGCUGAUUAGCUACGCCGAGUUCAGUCAGUUUUUGCACGAUUUUCACGAAGAAUAUGCAACGGAAGCCUUCAAAAAAUUCGACAAGGAUAGCGCAGGUUUCAUUUCGGCAUUAGACUUCAAAGACAUCAUGCUCAGUAUUAAAAGUCAUCUGCUUACUAAAGAUGUAAAGGAUAAUUUAGUUGCUGCAGUUGGUGCCAGUCAAAGCGGUCGAAAAGUCAGUUUUCCAUACUUCAUGGCGUUCAACUCUCUUCUGAAUAACAUGGAACUUAUCAAGCGUAUCUAUCUGAAUGCAACCAAUGGUCACAGAUAUCAAGAAGUCACCAAAGAGGAAUUUCUCUAUUCUGCACAAAUGAUGUCCCAGAUAACCCCGUUGGAGGUAGACAUCCUGUUUCACCUUUGCGACUUGCUUCAUCAAACUGGACCUACGGAAGAUGACGAGCGAGAUUCGCGGCUUGGGAAGAUUGUGUACAAUGAUCUCGUGGCAAUUACACCCGAGCAGUAUUUCAAGCAGAUUACAAAGCGCGUCGCCGAGAUUAAAGCGGUGUCGAGUCCGGAUGAGCGUGGCGUUAUUGUACAAAUUCUUGAGAGUGGUUAUCGGUUUGUUCUUGGUUCCAUUGGUGGAGCUGUUGGUGCUACGGCUGUGUAUCCUAUCGACUUGGUGAAGACCAGGAUGCAGAAUCAGAGGACCGGAUCCUUCAUAGGCGAGUUAAUGUACAGAAACAGCAUUGAUUGCUUGCAGAAGGUGAUCCGGCACGAAGGCUUCUUCGGUCUUUAUCGAGGUCUGAUGCCUCAGCUGAUGGGAGUAGCCCCGGAGAAAGCUAUCAAGCUUACGGUUAACGAUUUCGUCCGGGACAAAUUCAUGGAUAAGAAUGGAAAUCUACCGAUGUACGGAGAAAUUAUGUCCGGCGCCUGUGCUGGGGCGUCGCAAGUCAUAUUUACGAAUCCGUUGGAGAUCGUGAAGAUUCGGCUACAGGUAGCCGGCGAGAUCGCGGGGGGCUCAAAAGUCAGAGCGUGGGCUGUCGUUAAGGAGCUGGGUCUUUUCGGAUUGUAUAAAGGCGCAAGGGCGUGUUUCCUACGGGACGUACCGUUCAGCGCGAUAUACUUUCCUAUGUACGCACAUACGAAAGCGCGGUUGGCCGACGAAGGGGGCUACAACACGCCGCUGUCGCUCCUCGUUUCUGGCGCGAUUGCCGGCGUGCCCGCAGCGGCGCUUGUCACUCCUGCGGACGUGAUAAAAACGAGAUUACAGGUUGUAGCUAGGGAAGGCCAAACCACGUACACUGGACUGCUGGACUGUGCGAAGAAAAUUUACAGGGAGGAAGGCGCGAGGGCAUUCUGGAAGGGCGCAACAGCUCGAGUGUUCAGAUCGUCGCCUCAGUUCGGCGUCACCCUCUUCACGUACGAGUUACUGCAGAGGCUGUUCGUUGUCGAUUUCGGAGGAUCUCGACCUAGCGGAUCGGAGCAAAAGGUGCCUAGUACGGGGGUUGCGGACGAGAUUCGAUCAACGAAUCCGGAUCACAUAGGCGGCUACCAGGUAGCUCUGCCGAUCUUUACCGGUAUAGAAACCAAGUUCGGCCUUUGCCUACCCAGGUUCCAGGCUAUUACCGGAAAGUAA